GUAAAGCUGCUACGGUUUUCGGGGUGAUCGGAAGUCUUGUUGUCUCUUGAUUGGACUUUUACUUUGACGACAACAUACACUGCCAUAUCGUCGCUACUUCCCAUGCUACAGAUGAUGGCAGCCACUUCGGUGUUCCAGAGAGUUAGGACAGGAUCAAAGAUCGGAGCGCAGUAUGACCAAGAAGGCAACCUUAUUCAGGUUGAGACACGAGAGGACGAGGAACAGAAUGUCAAACUCACAGAGAUUCUUGAACUUCUGCUGGCAGCUGGUUACUUUAGAGCCCGCAUUAAAGGGCUGUCUCCAUUUGACAAGGUGGUGGGAGGGAUGACCUGGUGCAUCACAACAUGUAACUUUGAUAUUGAUGUUGACCUGCUCUUCCAGGAAAACUCAACCAUUGGCCAGAAGAUAGCCCUCACAGAAAAGAUUGUGUCAGUGAUGCCUAAGAUGAUGUGUCCAUAUCGUCUGGAACCGCAUCAGAUCCAGGGCUUAGACUUCAUCCACAUCUUCCCAGUUGUACAGUGGUUGGUUAAACGUGCCAUUGAGACUCGCGAAGAGAUGGGGGACUAUGUGCGUGUAUACUCUAUUUCCCAGUUUCAGAAAUCUCACACUUUCCCACAGGAUGAGGCCUUUGUGCAGAGGAAGAACAAAGCUGUUAAAACAGUUGAGGAUGUGUCUGAUGUGUAUAAGCCCCAGAGGAGGUACAAAAGGCAGUGUGUUGCUGGGGAGUUGCUGGAUGAAGAGUCCCAGGUACACUCUACCUUGCUGGAGUAUGGAAGGCGUUAUGGGUAUAGCAAGCAGACACAGAACGAAAAGGGCAAGAUGGAGGACAAGAACGUGCUUAAGGCUCAAGUGAGCAUGACUGAGCUGUCUGAAGACGAGGACUUGCAGGCUGCAGAGGAGACUCGGAUUAGAACUCUGAUGACCAGCAUGGCCAGCAUGACAACUGAAGAGGGGAGACUAACAGCAAGCACAGUGGGUCAGAUUGUUGGACUGAAAUCUGAGGAGAUCAAACAGAUAGCCUGUGAAUAUGCUGAGAAGCAGGCAGAACGACUGACAGAGGAUCAGCUACCGAAGUAUGGGUCUGUGCAACAACACGGCAGGAUGGUGGCCUCCCUCAACAAGCAGAUCCAGCAGAGGACCAGAGAGCUAGAGGAGGUACAAGCUCGGCGUUUGGAUGUCCAAGGUGUCUGUGAGGAAACCAAAAGUACAUUUUCAGAGGUUUCAACAUCCUUAGCUGAACUACAGAUGGAGUUGAGUAAACUGGAGGGCCAGGAGGCUGAAUCAGACUCAAGCCUACUUGACAGUAUCAGAGAACUAGUAGCAACAAAUGAAACCUUGAAGACACAGGAGCAGGAAUUCCGCAUGCAGUGUCGGCAAGAGAUGACACAGCUACAGCAAAAAAUCGAGGACCUGAAACUAGAAUCUGGUGGUGACGCUGAUAAUGACAAGGAGCAAAGACGACUUGUUGAGAUGCAGCACAGAACAGAUAAAGAGAAACUCCAGAAAAUCCGCCUGCUCAUGGCUAGACGGAACCGUGAGAUCACUGUCCUUCAAAGAAAAAUGGAUGAGAUCCCCAGUCGGGCGGAGCUCAAUCAGUACCAGAAGAGGUUCAUUGAGCUUUACUGCCAAGUUUCAGCAACACAUAAAGAAACGAAGCAAUUCUUUACCCUGUACAACACACUUGACGACAAGAAGGUUUACCUGGAAAAGGAGGUGAACUUGCUGAACUCCAUUCAUGACAAUUUCCAGCAGGCCAUGGCAUCAGCCGGAGCCAAAGAGCAGUUUCUGAGGCAGAUGGAACAGAUUGUGGAAGGCAUCAAACAGAGUAGGAUCAAGAAUGAGAAAAAAAAGCAGGAGAACAAGAUGCGGAGGGACCAGCUGAAUGAUGAAUAUCUGGAGCUUCUCGACAAACAGAGGCUAUACUUCAAAACUGUAAAGGACUUCAAAGAGGAAUGUCGCAAGAAUGAAGUGCUGCUCUCAAAAUUCCGAACAAAAGGUGCCUCCUGACCGGUUCUCCAACGGAUGUGCUGACACACAGAGACUUGUGAAGACGUGCUUAAAGAGAGGCUUCCUACUUAUUUCAUAUUUUACCAUUAACAAAUUAUUUUAAAACCUACAGUUUAGGUUAAUGACUUCCCUGUGAGACAGAAUAUGUACAUUCCUCAUUCAAAAAAUCCUAUGCUAUAAAAUUCAUCUGUCAAUUUCUCUCAUCGUGUUCUUGCAAGCUGACAUCUGAACACAUGUGAUUUUUUUUGCAUUAACUCUGCUAUUACAGUACAAUCAUUUACAAAAUUUCACUUUGAACGAUUACAUAAAAAUAUUGUUUACCUAAAGGUAUACAUAGUGAUUAACAAGAAGAUCAACAGAUACAUCUUGUUUAUGAAGUUUUCUACCCAGCAGUAGUCUGAAAAUGAUCACAUUUGAAUCAGUGCAGUUUUAAGCAAAAUGUUGAUCAUCAACAAAUUUGUCGUUGCAAUCACUAAAAACUGUAAAAGAUUUCCAUCAUAUCAGUGUUGGUUUGGUUGUCUGGGGAGACAUUCUAUAUAGUUUUGCUUACCAUGUGUUCUCAGACUUCAUCAGAAUAUUUGAAUGAAAUAAAGACAGAAUAAUGAGAAUCAAAA